GGCAGGGCGUUGCGUGGGGAUAUGGACGGAACCGGCAUCACCGUGAAGCUGAUCCUGAUCGGAGACAGCGCCGUGGGGAAAUCCAGCCUUCUGCUGAGGUUCGCUGAGGGAUCCUUCGAGCCGAGCAUGAAACCGACCAUAUGUGUUGAUUUUAAAGUGAAGAAGAUGGUGGUAGAUGGCCACACGGUGCAGCUUGCAAUAUGGGACACAGCGGGUCAAGAGCGCUUUAGGACACUGAAUCCCAGUUAUUACCGAGGAACUCAAGGGAUUGUUUUAGUGUAUGAUGUUACAAGGAAAGACACUUUCACAGGCUUAGAGAGCUGGCUGAACGAGCUGGAAAUAUACACCACCAAAAGCAACACUGUGAAGAUGUUGGUUGGCAAUAAAACUGAUAAGCCUGAUCGGGAAGUAGAGAGAAGAGAGGGACUUCAGUUUGCUAAGAAACGCUCGUUGCUGUUUAUAGAGACCAGUGCCAAAACAGAGGAUGGAGUGCAGCAUGCCUUUGAGGAACUAGUGAUAAAGAUCCUGCAGACACCGAAUCUUUUGGAUAAAAGCACAGAGAAGAAGGGAGUCCAGCUAAAGGAAUCGGCACAGCAGGAGAAAAGCUUAUGCACUGCAUACUGUCCACUUUCUUAGAUCUGCAGGUGCCUGUUCUGUCCAAACCAAGUGCAGUUCAGAAGAAUAUAUUAAGGGCUUUCAGGAGCUGCUCCGUGCCUUGUUUGACCUGCCACAAUUGUGCAGAUUUGAUAUCAAACUGAUUAACAAAAUACUCUUUUAUUCACUAACAAAGUACAGUUUCUUUCUGUUGUGCACAUCUGAUAUCUCCAGGUUAUCAAUUUAAUGCUUUUUCUGAUAGCUCAGAUUUGUUACUAGUAAAUCAUACUACUCUAACAGUAUGCUUUUGACAUCUAAUUUUUCUAGAAUUCCUGCCUUGGCAUAAAAGAGUAUUCCAUUCUGAAAUAUUGCUGUAUGCUCCUGGCACAGGAGUCUUUCAGGCUGCCAGCCUCCCUUUAAUGCACUUCCUGCUCAGGAGUCACCCUAAGCAGUGACAUUACCACUCUAUUUCAGAUGGUUUUAAGCAGUCAGAAUCACUGUGGGUCUGCAGACAACAAGCUGAGUUGCUGCUAAAUGUGAGGUUUAUAGUGAACAGUCGUAUUCAGUAACAUUCAGCAAGAAGCAAAUGCUUUCUGUGCAGUACACUGUAGGUUAUCCCUUGCUGCUCUUAAUUGCGUGGUGCUGAGGAUCAGAGGUGCUUUGGAGUCAUCAUUUUGUGCCAGCUGGCAGCAGGGGUACUUCUGCAGUUAACAGAGUAAUCUGCAAACCUGUGUUUGUACUCUCAUUCAGCAAUCGCAGGGUGAGAGGUUGGUUCAGUAUAAAAUGUGUUGGUGAUAGAAGGUUGUGCAUUAACAGGAGUAUGUCCAUUGGCAAUUUCAUUAUGAAGUUCUACAAGACAGCUGCUGCUUUUUACCUUCUUUCUGCUCCAAAACUCACUGCCUUUUCUUGAAAACAAGCUUUGAGUCAUGGAAGAUGCUGGCCUUGGUUCUGGCUUGGUAGCAAUACUGCUAGGAAGGGACUAAGUAAAAACCUCAGGACGUUAAAAGUGUUUAAAAUGGAAGCUGGAGUGUUAGGAGACAAAUGACAAAUCCAAAGAUGUUGUGUCAUUACAGGACGUUGUCAAACUGGAACAGAAAUGUUGCCUUUCUCUUAGGAUGCACAUUUUAAUCCUUUGCUAUCAAGUUAAAUUAUUAGCAGGAGGGCUUUCCUGAGUGACACCAGGGAUCUAACAUUAAUGCUGCUGUACAACAGCUGAAGGCAAGGUGUAUAAACCUCAGCUUUCCUCUGGAACUAUUGCAGCUUGUUCUCUAUAAAUGCUCUGGAGCUGUUUUCAUCUGUGAAAAGCAUGCAUGAGAAAUUGUUACAAGAGAAUAAAAUGCCUUUAUUGGGUUUUUACAUCUGUUUUUCUUUGUCUUGCAAUGGGCCAUAUAUCACCUCUAUUGCAGUCAGUCUGAGGAAGGCGAUGACAGAUUCUAUUGUAGUGUUUGAUGGCUUUAUCAAUGGAAACAUCUGCUCAAAGCCAGCUGAAGGAGCGCUCCUUAUACCUACAUCCUUGUUUCAGUCUUUAAAACACCCCUGUGAAAUAAUGUUCAUUCGUAUCCACUUCUAAGAGCAGAAGUUUCAGUUGGUGUGCCCUACAGCAGUUGGGUGUGCACGCUGCAAGCAGCUCACCAAGGGAUGGAAUCCUACCAUCUGUGAGCAGAGCGUGUCAUAAUUCAAGGUCUGGAAUCUCCAAGUACCACUGCAAGCAAGAGCAUGACCACCAGAAAGAGGCUGGAAAAUCAAAUUUGGAAGACGGGAGGCCUUGGCAACUUGAACAAAGGCACAGGAUCAGCAAGACAUUGGGUGGACAAAAUGCCUCUGCACGCACAGAGCUGGCAGCACGUUAACCUGAAGAAGAUUCAGGAGGAUCAAAAGCGAAUCAGUCAGAUUGAAAGAGACAACAAGAAGCUCAUUGAGAACCUUGCUGCCAUCCAACGAGGGCCAGCAAGGGUGGAUUGUUGGAAUGAAUGCUUACACAGGAGGUCAAAAAGUGAUAAACAGAACAG